AUGGCGGACUCUGAGAAUACCGUAGCCUCCAUGCCGAAAAAGUUCCGUAGGAAUAUAUUGAUCGGGCGUGGAGAUUAUGUGCUGGUGGAAUCUAUUAAGGGACUCAGGGUAAAGGGCCAUAGGGUAAAGGUGGAAAUGUGUAAACUCCUAACUCCAGAGCAUUUAAAAGAAUACAGUAGGACUGGUGUAUGGCCAAAACAGUUGGGUGAAAAGCAUGACCACGACCAAUUCGAUAUGGGAAGCGAUGGAGAAACGAAUGGUGAUGAGUUGAUAAUUAGAAAUCCCAAUGGAUUUCCAUUGUCGGAGGAGGAUACUACUGAAGAUGAGGGAAUUUGCAGCACUACUGAUGAUGUCGAAAUUACAAAUGAUGUGAAUUAA